AUGGCUGUGGGCUUCACCGUUCGACUGAGUUGGAUGAGCUGGAGGAUAUGGCUUCUCAUAGCAGCAGUCUUGAGCCUCGCCGCCCGCGUAGAUGCUGGAGGUCUGCGUGGAACGCAGCACCUACGAAGGCACUAUGUGAGGGGCGAAGCUGGACACAGGACGCCCUUUCGAAGUGAAGACACCCAGGCCGCACAGCGGCGUCUGAAGAUAGAGGACACUACAACCAGACCGCCAAAAGUAGAGGACACCACAACACUCACCACCACCUCUCCGACAACUACUGGCACUAGUGCCACCACAACCAGAACAACCAGAACACACACCACCACCGGGACCAGUGUGUCGACUACAGGGACAACAGUUUCGCUUACAGCUACGAUGACAAGAACAACACAGACGCCUACUUUCACAAGUACGUCGAGUGUGACAACAGCUUCCACCACGACAACUGCAUCGUUUACCAACACAUUCACAACUUCCACAACAGCAACUUCAACAAGUACAACAGAGACCACUUCCACCAGCACCACCACGUUGACGGCAACUGUGACAAGAUCCACAACUGCAUCGUCUAGCGUAACGGUGUCUACAACAGCCACGUCAAGAACAGAAACGUCUACACUCACAACAACCAGUAGCAGCGUCUCCAGCACAACGCAGUCCUUCACGGUCUCGUCAACUUCAGGGACGAGCACCAUCACACGUAGCACGUUGACAGCUACGACCUUUACGACCACAGUCACCACUUCCCAGACAUCUACAAGCAGCCACACCGCAACACAAACAUCAUUGACGCACACGACAUCUACUGUGCUGUCCUCCACGAGAACGUCGACUUCGUUCUCAACAUCAUUCACGUGGACAACAUCCACAUUCGUGUCUGCCUUGGACCUGUUGGAAGACGAUUGGGUGAACAAGUCGAAACUUCUGGAGGUGUCGAGAGUGGCCGCCGUAGCUCUUCUACAGGAAGAGCAAACCCUGGCAAAGCAGAUCUUGUCCCAGGUGGGUGAGAGCCCGAAUGGUACGGUGGUCUCUUCAGUGAGAAGCGCGGAUGGGAGCGAGAUGACAGUAGCCGUGUUAAAGCCAUCCACCACCACCGAUGCAUUCCAGCUCAGCACGGGAGAGUCUGGCAACGUCAGUGUUCCACAAGCCGUUCUUCAGCAACUUGGAGGAGGCCUGGUCGCCCUGACAGCGGGGCCGCUCAGCCCCGAUAUGACAAGGCUACUGUCGGCUGCUGGUGCUGGCGAGGCAGAGGAUGGAACAGAUCUUGCGGCUGCACCGCUGAGCCUCUCGCUCUUCGACGCCGACGGAAAUCCACUGGAAAAGCAGCUCGCAGAACCGAUCGUUCUGACCCUCAACGGCAACGGCGACAGUCGCGCAGUCUGCGUUUUCUGGGAUCCCAGGAAUCUGAGGUGGUCGCGAGAAGGUGUGUCGCGAGUGUUUGAAGUUUCUGAUUCGAUGAGUUCGAUCAGUUGCCAAACGACCCACCUCAGCAUCUUCGCGGCCAUGCGAUCCGUGGACUUGGACUUCACUGGUGCCUUUGACUGCGCCACCGAGACCUUUGUCUUUUCCUUUGCAUCCCUGGGCCAGAACUCCAACUGGUGGCGCCAAGUCCCGGCUUCGGCGCUGUGGGCAGGGCUCGUUCUGAGCAUUGUGGCUUCAGCCCUCGCUGCAAAUCGGGAUGCGACGAAUUCCGACACUUGCGGCUGGAGCCGAGAACUUCUCUCGGAGCCUCCUUCGGAGCCCUUCGAGGCCUUGGCCUUGGAAGACUUGGAAGAGUUGGAGCUGGAGAAGCCGCUUUCGAGGCAAGAGCCGGUCUUGGAGCGGGUGAUGGCCUACUGCUUCCGGUGUCUGCAAGCCUUCCGUGUGGGGGUGGACGUGGACACCCUGGGCCUCAGCCUUUUGUUGGCCCAGGACCCUACGGACCGCGACCCGACGCCCCUGCGCCGCGCAGCCCUGGACCUGGCGGAGCAGCGGGACCUUUUUGCCUCGGCCACCCGGGCGGUCUGCAGCUUCACUGGGGCCAACCUUCUGACGCGGUUCCUUCUACUGCUGCCAGCCCUGCAUCCUAUGACCGGCCUUCUGGCCAGCAGCCUUUUCUAUUCCAGGCUGUCGGUUGUUCUCGUGUUCUCGGCCAAGCUGAUUGGUCCCAUGGCGCUGAACGUCUUUGUGCUCCAAGCCCUGGGAGCCGUCCUCCAAUAUUCUCCGGAUAUGCAGGAUGCCUGUGAGGCCCGUGAAGCUCUCGUGAAGCCUCUCUGCGCUGCCGCGGUCUCGUGCUUUUUCGGGCAACUUGUCGUUUUGGGCCUUCGCUGGCUGCGUCACUAUGACUGGUCGAAAGAAGGGGAGGCUGCGUACAGUGAGUGGCACCGCGUCCAGCGAUGGAGGAGACGAGUGCGUGUAUACUGGGUUGCAAGUCUGCUUUAUCUAGCUCUCAGUAUGGUGUUCAUAGCUGGCUUUCUCUCUUCGGUGUCCCGAAGUGAUGGCACAUACUGGCUCUACGGUGCCCUCGUGAAUGCCGUCUUUCAGAUGGUGCUGCUGCCGGUGCUGAAUGCGUUCAUCCUGGCGCUUCUCUCCACAGUCAGCAAGCCAUCCGGCGCCAAAGGCGCGGAAGCGAAGGCCAAGGGCACGGCCGAAAAGAAGCACGAGAAGACAGCUGCCAGCCUCCCAAAGGACCCGGAGCUUGGAGAAGGGAAUCGGCCCAAGACUGCUGAGCUGUCGCGCUGGGAGAAGGAUGCCCCUCCGCCCGGAAGGUCGUUCCUCUCUGGAUGCGUGCUGGAGGAUUAUUUCACAGUAACCGAGUCUGCCCCAGACUCUUCCAGACUCGGUUCUCUUGACCUGUCUCCUCUUCGAGGACAUGACAAGGAUGGGAUUGCUUUCAAUGAGACAGGCUUCAGCUUCAAGGCUGAGACUUCUCAAUGUGAGAAGGAGCCUGUGACGCGGCCAGACACUCCCAGGUGUUUUGAGGCAACGGUGCAACUGGGCCAUGCUGACAACAAGCCUACAGGCGGCUUCGGUUUGUCGGGAAGACCCAGCAGCCCGUUCCAGCCAAUGGCUGCCGGCUUGGAAGGCUUCAAGUGGCGAGAAGAUGCCGAUGGGCUUGACUUCGACCUGUCACAAGACUUGCCAGGUUCUUUGCAGAACGAGGCCUUUGACGCACUGCGACCAACCUGUGCGAUGCCUUCCAACAGAGGCCUGGACAGCGACAGCGAGGCCUUGUCGGACCUUGUGCUGGACAUGUUUGACGUGGAGAGGCCGCCCGCGAGACAGUCCUCAGACCUCCGCGACGAAGAAGGCCUGGGAACAUUGCGACUCCACAUAAGCUCGGACGCGUUGGGCCGCACCAUGACGUGGUCUCGGAAAGUGGAGCCCAACCUCACCAGCAUCCAUGAAAGUCAGGACGACUGGCCGCAAAAACCCUUCCACUUUAGCGACGAGGUUUUCGAUGAGACAGACAUCUCUGAUAUGCAUUGCGCGUCGCCAGUCAAAGCGCUGACACCAGAGAGUGAAGCAGGCGAGGCAGCUUUCGAUGCAUUCCCAGCUCGACUGCGGACGGCAAUUGCAGGGAUGGAUAGCGAUGGUGGUGCGUGGGCUUGGGUGAGACCUGCCCACGUACCAGACCCCUACGGGACAUGGACAUCGGAGUCCUCAUCUUCGGCAGCCUUUGAGGAGAGUCCCUCUUCAAGCCGCGCGAGACAGGAUCCCUUCCAUAUGCCGGCCGAGAGCAGUGCAUCUCGAGGUGAUGUUGUUUGCAUGGACAUAGCAUCCCCGUCGGAUGAGGACCUGCAGGAGGAGGCGUUUGACUCUGCAGAGGUGAGCGAGCUGCGGCACACCUCACAGGCCAGUGCGAUGCAAACAUGGACUGCAGUCUCCUGGGCGCCAACAGCGCAGGAGGCGGCACCGCGGUGGCGCAGACCGCCGGACAGGCAGCGCAAAGUGCCGCUGUUGGGUGAAGAGCGACCAUGGAGGAAUUGGCUGUCGCGUGCAGCUGCAGAUACGUAG